GAGAAAAUAUCAAUUCCCUGUAGUACCCAUCGAUAACAGCAUCGAUGCGUGCCUGAGUGUCCAGAUCAAAGCUUGCAAAUAAAUGUUGUUUAAUAUGGCCGAAAUGUGUAAUUUAUUUGACAAUCACAAAGACGAAGAGUCUGGAAAGGUUGUGCUUGGGUCCAAGUACAUCCUUGGCGGAAGAGUUGGCCUCGGUGCGUUUGGAUCGGUGUGGUACGCCACGCGCUUGGACAAUAAGUUCGGACUCAUUGCAGUAAAGGUGGAGGCCAAGUCGGAAGGCAAAGCGGAGUACUUGCCACAUGAACACAAUGUGUACAAGUUGUUGGGUGACAAAGUAGGAUUCCCCACGUGCCACGAAAUGCAAAAAGAGACCAAGUUCAACUGGAUGGCCAUCGAUAUGGUGGGGCCGUCGCUGGAUUUCCUGUUGCUAACAACUAAGACAUUUGACCUCAAAACUGUACUAAUGAUUGCCACCCAGGGAAUUGAGCGACUGAAGAACCUCCACGACCUCGGGCUCGUGCACCGCGACAUAAAGCCGUCCAACAUGGUGAUUGGCUGGAACAGGAAACUCAUCCCCGAGUUACAUCUAAUUGACUUUGGCUUGGCUACGCGCUUCAAGGUUCCAAUGACCGGAACGCACUAUCCUCUUAAACUUAACUCAGGGCUAGUAGGCACAGCUCGAUAUGCCUCACUCAAUGCAAUGCGUGGGAUGACGCAGUCGCGCCGCGAUGACAUGGUGUCAUUUGGGUAUACUAUUACUUACUUGGCCCAAGGGAAAAAGAACUGGAUGAACGACGACGCCACUACGGUAGAGAAAUUGCUGCGGAUGAAGGAGAAUACAACCCUGGAGCAAUUGACAGAGGGUCUCCCCGAUGCGUUUUUAUCGUAUCUGCACUAUGUCACCAAUUUGGAUUUUGAGGAGGAGCCCAAGUACGACCUUAUGAUCAACAUGUUCCGCCAAGCCAUGGACCAACACUCCAUGAAAUAUGACUAUAAAUACUUGUGGGACGAUUUCUUCAGAGACAAACGGGAUAGCCGCAAUAAAGAGACGGCGAAUGGGAAAGAAAAUAAAAUUAUAAUCCGGAUCGAGCAGAACAGUGCUCUGGCGAAAAUGGCCGAUCAUUUUUUCUCGUCCAAAUCUCAAAAACAGAAUAGAGUGAAGUCAAAUAGUCAAAUAGAGUCAAAUAAUGCUAAAAAGCCCAGGCUCGAGGAGCCCAAACUGCCCAACUGAUACUCACUCAAAUGUAGCUCGAUGAGACUUUGGAAGCUUUUAUUUUUGUUGUUUUAUAUUACUAUAUAUACUAUGCAAACGUUAGACAUGCACCUACAUACAUAUGUAUUUAUGUAUAUAUAAUAAUACUUUUGCAUUGAGAGCGUUAUAUUUAAAGUACAAUUUUUGAAUGUCAGUUUA